UAUUUUAUCAUUAACAAGUAGGACCAUGAAAGAGGAAAGUUUUAGUGAUUAUCGUAGAAGGUCGAUUAGAAAAAUAUCUAUAAUGACGUCUUUCAUAAUCCUGUUGGGCUUAACUGGACUGCCAGGCGUGGUUACAGCUGCCAGUCCAUGGCACCAUAAUAACUGUGUUGGUAAUAGAGAGGCGAUAGUUCACUUGUUUGAAUGGAAAUGGACGGACAUUGCUAAGGAAUGCGAACAAUUCCUUGGACCGAUGGGAUUCUGUGGUGUACAGAUCUCCCCUCCAAACGAGCAUGCAAUAGUGUUGUCUCCACGACGCCCUUGGUGGGAAAGUUAUCAACCAGUCAGCUAUAAGUUAACCAGUCGAAGAGGCUCUGAGAAGGAAUUCGUUGACAUGGUAGAACGAUGUAACAGAGUGAACGUAGGAAUAUAUGCAGACAUUGUCAUCAAUCAUAUGACAGGAAUGGGAAGAUCUGGAACCGGGACUGCUGGGUCACCUUUCGAUGCUGAUGCCCAUAGCUUUCCCGGAGUACCUUAUUCAUUUCCAGAUUUCAACGAUUGCUCCAGUUGUUCCGGUUGCUGCUGCAUUGACUCUUGGACUGAUUUUGCUCGAGUUCGAAACUGUCGAUUGGUCGGACUUAUAGACCUAAAUCACAAAGUUACACAUGUACAAAACAUGGUUUCCGGAUUUAUGAAUCACCUGAUUGAUAUCGGUGUCGCGGGAUUUCGAAUAGAUGCUGCCAAACACGUGUGGCCCGAAGAUUUAGAGAUAAUCUUUAAGAAGUUAAACAACCUAAAUACCAAGUGGUUUCCUUCCGGAAGCAAACCCCUAGUUUACAUGGAAGUAAUCGACAUGAAUCAGGGAGGAGAGAUCCAAGCCAAUUCCUACAAGCACCUCGGUCUUGUUACCGACUUCAGGUAUUGCGUCAAGAUUAAGGAUUCUCAGAGAAAUCUAGGAGGAAUCCCCUACAUGUAUGAUGCUGGAUGGGGAAUGCUCCACCCGGAUGAUGCCUUUGUCUUUGUUGACAAUCAUGAUAAUCAACGAGGGCAUGGUGGUGGUGGAAACAUUCUUACCUACAAAAAACCCUAUGAAUACAAAAUGGCUCAAGCAAUCGCUCUAGGAUGGCCAUAUGGACAACCAAGGAUCAUGAGCAGUUUUCAUUUCAGCGACUCUGAAGCUGGCCCUCCAAUGGAUGAAAAUGAUAACACAUUAGAUGUGACGAUCAAUGCCGACGGUUCCUGUGGCAAUGGCUGGGUAUGUGAACAUCGGUGGAAGCCCAUAGCUGGAAUGGUAUCAUUUUCCAAGGCGACAUCUGGUGAACAAGCAAAAGAUUUUUGGUCCGAGGGAAAUCAGGCAGCGUGGAGGAGAGGACAUAAGGGAUUCGUGGCCAUGACGAACCAAGGGGGACUACGAAAGACUUUUUACACUGGUUUGCCUUCUGGUCAAUAUUGUAACAUUAUCCAAGGCUGUCCAACUAAGUUAGGAUGUGAGGGCCAAAUAGUGAACGUAGAUGACAAUGGAAACGCAAUGAUUGAGAUUAACGAUAGCGAAAACCCGAUCUUGGCGAUACAUAUUGAGGGCAAGGCAGGAAGUGGAGGCUGCACUGAUGAUGGACCAGCUCCGACUGCCGAACCUCAAUCUUCAAAGAAACCCACCGCUACCCCAGACAUCACAAAUCCACCAACUGAGCCUCCAACGGGUUACAAGAGAACUGUCAUUUUUAUAAACUUUAAGUCAAAACCCGGUCAGGACAUGUUCAUCAGAGGAGGAAUCAGUCAUGAAAGACGAAAUGGGUGUACAAACGACGCCGCUUCUAGUUCUUGUGCCAUUUCAAUUACACACAAUAAACUCGGAAGUAGCACUCACUAUGUCAAAUAUCUUGCGUGGAUCACAAAUGACCAUAAACUGGAUUGGUACGGUGCCGAGUCUGGUCAAGGGCUAUACCAAGGUAAACAGGCAGAAGGAAGCCCUUGUGUUUGGACGUCAAAUAGCGUGACCUCAUCUGGUUUUCAACAAUUGAACAAAUGGGGUGACCACUACUGGAUGAUUGAUUUCAACAUGAACUGUGAUGAGACUGAACAGGGCUGGUUCGAGGUUAAAGCUUUUGUUACCAACUCGGGCUGGGAAUCGGAUGUUAACCAAAAAUCCUGUGAAGGAACAGCAGGAGGAAACAAACCUUAUAGUAGCAGCAAUCACUUCGCUCGUUGUGGUUACGUCAAUAUCUUUCACUUUAACUCUAAUGAUUGUAUUAUCGAUAGCUUUUAAUCGCAAUAUGUAGAGUUAAAUAAAGAGUAAGUGGUUCAAA